CCUUCAAAUGGCGAAUAAUUAACCAUUCGAUUUCCAGUUUCCAACCACGACCACCGUAAUGGCAUUCACCUCCGUCGCCCCCGUCAGCAAGAACGACUCCAACGGUGGCCAAGGUCUCAUCUUAGGACGCUACGAGGUCGGAAGACUCCUCGGCCAUGGCGCAUUCGCUAAAGUUUACCAAGCCUGCAACGUUAAAACAAGCCAAAGCGUCGCCAUCAAAGUGCUCGACAAGGAGAAGAUCCUCAAAGGCGGCAUGAUUGCUCACAUCAAGCGCGAAAUCGCCAUCCUCCGACGUGUCCGCCACCCUAACAUCGUGCAACUCUUUGAAGUAAUGGCCACCAAAACCAAGAUUUACUUCGUCAUGGAAUACGUACGUGGCGGUGAGCUUUUCAACAAAGUUUCCAAAGGCCGGUUAAAAGAAUCCGUCGCCAGAAAAUACUUCCAGCAAUUAAUCUCCGCCGUCAAUUUUUGCCACGCCCGCGGCGUUUACCACCGCGACUUGAAGCCCGAGAAUCUCCUCCUCGACGAUAACGGAGAUUUGAAAGUCUCCGAUUUCGGGUUGAGCGCCGUAUCGGAUCAGAUCCGACCCGAUGGUUUGUUCCACACGUUUUGCGGUACCCCAGCUUACGUGGCGCCGGAAGUUUUAGGCCGGAAAGGAUACGAUGCGGUCAAAGUCGAUAUCUGGUCCUGUGGAGUAAUUCUAUUUGUUUUGAUGGCGGGUUAUUUACCAUUCAACGAUCAAAACGUCAUGGCCAUGUAUAAGAAAAUUUACAGAGGUGAGUUCAGGUGUCCGAGAUGGUUUUCAUCUGAGUUAGUCCGGCUACUCAUGAAGCUACUCGAUACUAACCCGGAAACCCGUAUAACAAUCCCAGAAAUCAUGGAGAAUCGUUGGUUUAGAAAGGGUUUCAAACACAUCAAAUUCUACAUUGAAGAUGAUAAAUUUUGCAGCGUUGAAGAAACCGACGAAGACAUCGGAGCAUAUUCAACGGAUCAGUCAUCGAUGUCCGAGUCCGAAACCGAGGUCGAAACCAGGCCGAGAGUCGGUCCAUUGCCGAGGCCGGCGAGUUUAAACGCAUUUGAUAUCAUUUCAUUCUCCCCGGGUUUCAAUUUAUCCGGGUUGUUCGAGGAAGGAGGUGAAGGUUCUAGGUUCGUGACCGAGGUGAAGGUAUCGAAGAUUAUAUCGAAACUGGAAGAGAUAGCGAAGGUGGUUUGUUUUACGGUGAGGAAGAAGGAUUGUAGAUUGAGUUUGGAGGGUUCAAGGGAAGGUGUUAAAGGGCCAUUGACGAUCGCGGCUGAGAUAUUCGAGCUAACGCCAUCAUUGGUUGUCGUGGAAAUAAAGAAGAAAGGAGGCGAUCGAGGCGAGUUCGAGGAGUUUUACACCAGGGAACUAAAACCAGCGUUAGAGAAUUUGAUGGCGGAGGAAGCACUAUCAGCUUCAACCGCCGCCGCCGCUACGGGUGGUUCAAGUUUACCUCCGGAUUCGAAAUAGAGAUAAGGGUAAACUUUUGUCUCUGUUUGUAUCAUAAAAAAAGGUCAGUAUUCUUUUUGUUUUGUUUAGAUAACUGGAUGUAUGUGUAUGAUCUAUUCUUGCAUGGAGAAGGAUAGAUUCCAUUACCACAAUUUGAAUACAAAUCUCUAUUGAUCUUUGGCUUUUUGAUUUC